AUGGGCAAAUCAAUCCUACUGAUCAACGGACCUAACCUCAAUCUCCUCGGCACUCGUGAACCGCAUAUUUACGGCCAUACUACGCUGGCGGACGUCGAGAAUGACUGUCAUGGCACUGCCGCUAAGCAUGGUUGUAGCUUCGAUGCAUUUCAAUCCAACCAUGAAGGUGCCAUCGUCGAUCGUAUCCAAGCUGCUCGAGGUCGGGUGGACGGCAUCAUCAUCAAUCCAGGCGCCUUCACCCAUACUUCUGUGGCGAUUCGUGAUGCGUUGCUUGGCAUAGGAAUUCCUUUUAUCGAGCUACACGUGAGCAAUGUCCACGCACGAGAACCUUGGCGACACCACUCGUACUUCAGCGACAAAGCCUCGGGGAUUAUUGUCGGAUUGGGUGUUCAUGGAUACAAGGCUGCAGUCGAGCAUGUUGCGUUGAAUUUCACGGAGUUGGAGAAAGAUAAUAGGGCUGCACUGUGA